UGACUGACUGGCACCCUCACACCGACUGACACCCUCGCACCGACUGACAGACUGAUUGACACCCUCACACUGACUGACACCCUCACACUGACACCGUCAUACACUAACACAGCCUCACAGACCCUUACACACUCUGACACACGCAUAAACUCCCGAGCUGACACUCAUGCACACUUGCUCUUGUGCAUGCUGGCAGGCUCAUGCAGGCUGACACACAAACACACACUCGGAGAUGCUCACCCCGGCCCGGCAGGCACGUUCGUUGGCAGUUACACGCCCAUAGACGCAGUUAGACACAGACACACACCCCUGCACCCCCCAGAGUGACCCUCGUUGCCUGCCCGCAGCCAGGGUCACAGGCACACUCAUGGCACUCACACCAGUGUCCCGUGCUGCUUGUGCUUACACUGGUGGGCAGGCACGCUCAAGGGCACUGAUGUUCUCAACUUUCGUGCUCAUGCUCUAUCAGACACUUACACACUCGCUUACUCACUAGCCUGUACGCUUACAUGCUUCUAGUGUUUAUAUGCUGGUUUAUAUGCUCGUGUGCUUGUAGGCACUUACAUGCUUAUGGUCACGCACUCUAAGGCACUUACACACUCACACGCUCGCACUCGUGUUUGUGCUACUAGGCUCAAACGCUUGUGCUCUCACUUGUAGGCGCUUAUGCUUAUUUGCACUCACAUGCUUGUAUGCACCUAUCCAAGAGCAUCUCUCACUACCAGCCUCACACACAUGCACCCCUGUGGGUACGCUCACAUGCUUGUAAGGAUUUGCAGUCUCUUGUAUGCACUCACGCUUAUAAGCCCUUACACAUACCGGUAUUUCCCUCAUUCCUGCCUGCAUGUGCACCUGGCAGCACACUUACACUCACAGAUGCUUCCUCACCCUAGGAUGUCUCUCACUGCCUGCUCACGCGCACACCAUGGGCACACUCACACAGUGAUACGUACCCCACGGUGUCCCUUGUUUGCCCUUCACACACACUGCAUGCACCCUCAUACUCAUGCACCUCUGUCCCUCACUGCUUGCCGCUGCACACGCACACUUUCAUAUGCGCUCGUGUGUGCAUACUCACACCCAGUGUACUCUAGUGCUUUGCCACCCACACGCACACCUGCACGUAUGUGCUCAUGUUGUAUUGUAGUGUCUGCAGUCUGCCACUUUUACAUGGUCAUGUAUGCAAUCCCACUGCUGUAUCAUAGCAUCCUUGCUGCCUGCCACAUGCUUGUGUACGCCUGCAUAUACUACAGAUACACAUAGGCAGUUACACCAGCUUAUCGCAAUUUCCAUGUUGCUUCUUGCACACACAUCUUUCUCCAGCCCCUUUCUUACAGACUCACACCAGCAUAUUGCAUAGUCCUGCUUGCACACACACGUGCACCCUCGUCUUCCUCAGCCUCUCUCAGGUGUGUGUACACACAUCUCAGCACAUUGCUGAGGAUCUCACCAGCUCCUUCUCUCACACGCAUGCUUACACCAAGUUUGCCAUUGCGUUGCACAUGUACACUGACACAUCAGUGAGUUUUCUACUACCUGCCACUUGUGCAAACACACUUAGAUGGUCCCUUUCCUCUUUACCCGCAUAAAGGGUUAUCUACCACCUCUCCACCAUAAAGCCAUCUUUUUUUUUCCAUCACCUCUCACAGGCAGGCCACUGCUCUUUGAAACGGACACAUACAUAUCGAAGCAAGUCACCUGUUGCCCUCAUGAGCCCGGCUUUCCUGUACACACACACCCCACAGGAUCACCCUCUGUGUGGCAUGUUUGUACAGGGUAGUGCUGCCUCCUGCUUUCGGCACGGACUGUUGAGCCUGGUUCAUGCAUGCCUGCUGGUUUUGAGUGGCAUCGACCCUCUUAAAUGAGUCUUCUUUUUGAAGUCUGGAGCCAUAUAUGGAUGAAAACUUUGUUUCAAGAGCCUUUGCCACCAUGGGAGAGCUCGUACUGAGUGUAAAAAUCAUUCGAAACAGGUUGACAGGAAUUCCAGCAGGCUAUUGCUUUGUAGAAUUUGCAGAUCUAGCUACUGCAGAGAAAUGUUUACACAAAAUCAAUGGAAAACCGCUUCCUGGUGCUACACCGGCAAAGCGAUUUAAAUUGAAUUAUGCAACGUAUGGAAAACAGCCCGAUAACAGUCCAGAAUAUUCACUUUUUGUGGGAGACCUGACUCCUGAUGUGGAUGAUGGCAUGUUAUAUGAAUUUUUUGUUAAAGUUUAUCCAUCAUGUAGAGGUGGAAAAGUUGUUUUGGACCAGGCAGGAGUAUCCAAAGGUUACGGGUUCGUGAAAUUCACGGAUGAACUGGAACAGAAAAGAGCGUUGACAGAGUGUCAAGGAGCUGUGGGGUUGGGCUCUAAACCUGUGCGCUUGAGUGUGGCUAUACCAAAAGCUAAUCGUGUGAAACCAAUGGAGUACAAUCAGAUGUACAACUAUAAUUAUAACCAAUACUACCAACAAUAUCACAACUACUACGCCCAGUGGGGCUACGACCAGAACACAGGCAGUUACAGCUACAGCUAUCCCCAGUACGGAUACACGCAGAGCACAAUGCAGACAUAUGAAGAAGUUGGUGAGGAUGCGUUGGAAGAUCCGACGCCUCAGUUGGAUGUCCACGAAGCGAAUAAACAAUUUAUGGAACAGAGCGAAGAGCUCUAUGAUGCCUUGAUGGACUGUCAUUGGCAGCCUUUGGACACUGUCUCGUCAGAGAUUCCAGCUGUGUUAUAGCCUCGUUGCUGAGGCACUGCGUCUGCGUGACAAGCCCGCCAGCGCGCUCCAGACUGUUAAUGCUGCACCUGGAUCCUGCAGUAGUGAGGGGUGGCCGUUUGUCCACCCCAAGGUCUGUUACUUGAAGUACAGGAGGACUGUGGCCUUUCCUGUACAGAAUGAGUAUCGUAGGAGCAUCAUGGUAACUUUUAUUCAUGGUGAAAGCUAGAACUGCAAUGGUUUUAUUCCUUUUGUCUUGAAAUGAACUCUUAAUACUUCUUGGGAAUUGUAAUUUAUAAACUUUCAACGAGAUGGCACAGGGGAAAGACUACUCCAACGAACAAUAAAAAAGUUGGUCUUUUAAGUAAAAUUACCCUUUGCAUUUUGGUUCCUGCCCAUCUUUUUAUUUUGCUGCCCAUCUAAUUGUCUUCAGUCAUUUGAUCCAACUUUCAUGAAUGUGUUAUUUUAAAAAAAAAAAAUCAUUGUUGGAUACCACUACAAUGUCUCAAAAGCUUUCUAGUGACUGGGUAAGGUUGCUGUAACUUGAGCACAGGAAAGAACCAUGCGGAUGAAAGCUCAUGUUCUGCUUAAGCCAAGCUGUGAUCUUGAGCUACCAAGUUUAUAGCUUGGUGCUCUUAAGCAGUCUACCUGAAGAGCAUUUUGGAGAGUAAAUACAGAGGGGAGUGUUCUAAAACUACCUGGUGGUCUCUCGCACGUUUGGCUUGCAUCUCCACCUGUCUAUGAGGAAAUAAUUCCCCAUCAGUCAAGCAGUUUAAAACACUUUUACCAGCAACCUUGUCUAAAUGUUAUUUUGUGUAUCAUGCUGCUUUUUUUUUUUUUUUUUUCAUUGUGGACACACCUUGAUGGUCUCAUUAAGAUGUUAAGAUUUCAUAACGUCUUCCACUGCCCUGUCAGAGUGAAUAUGGUGAAACUGAAGAUCUUGCAGCAAAAACGGGUCAGAGCAAUCUAAUCGAUAUAUUGUGCAACAAAUUGUUGCUAACCUGGAAAGCAGUUUUCUACUGGAUGUUGUAUAAGCUGGAUGGACAAGCAAUAUAUUUAAGCUAAUAUUAUGUUGCUUUAGAGGUGACAGCAAAAAUAAUAGCACUUAUGUACAUGUAAUAAGCCCUUUUCAGGCUUUUGUGCCUUAAACUCUUUGAGAAAUAGGAACGGAUAAACUACCUGUAAUAAAUGUCUAUCCAAGAAAUAGUUUGGGUAACUGAAAUUGCUAGUGCAAAGCGUUUAGUUGCCUCCCUGCCCAUGUUGAUGCAGAGAUUUGCCACAAAAUUUAAAUACUUUCAUAAAGCCUACUUCUACUACACCUUUGUUUGUGUCCAUAAUUAUGAUAUCUUUGUCAGUCUGUGGUCUUUUUAUCAAGUGGAAUGGUGAACGCGCUGUGAAUAUGAGGGGAAUGGCG